ACAGUGCGGGGUAAAAGGAUAUCUGAAACAGUGGCUCCUGAACACACACACACACACACACACGCGCGCACACACACACACACACACACACACUCAUCCAUUCAGACGCUCAGCAUCUCGCGCAUCUUUCUGCCUCCGGUGGGUGUUUUUUGCUCCAGUGUGCUGCACCGAUGCGGCUCCUCUCCAGCUGCCCUGAUCUGAUCCUCAUCCGAUCUGUCUGAUCCUGAUCCGUCUGAUCCAGUCUACACUCCCCCUCAGUGCUGGAGCUGCAGGGUUUUUUGGUGAAACAGGCACCAUGGCCAGUGCCGCUACAGAUCUGGACAACGCCGAAGCCCAGAGACAAUUAAACAACAACAAUCGCCCUACCAGCACGGGAUUCUGGGAAAGUGAAACCACCAGUGCUAAACUGUUCGAAUGUUCACGAAUCAAAGCACUGGCAGAUGAGCGAGAUGCUGUGCAGAAGAAAACCUUCACUAAAUGGGUGAACUCCCACCUGGCUCGUGUCUCUUGUCGAAUUUCAGACCUGUAUAAUGAUCUGAGGGAUGGAUACAUGCUAACACGCCUACUGGAGGUCCUGUCAGGAGAACCACUGCCAAGGCCGACGCGAGGCAGGAUGAGGAUACACUGUCUGGAAAACGUGGAUAAAGCUCUGCAGUUCCUUAAAGAACAGAGAGUUCACCUGGAGAACGUCGGAUCCCACGAUAUCGUGGAUGGAAACCAUCGUCUGACGCUCGGCCUCAUUUGGACCAUCAUUCUGCGCUUCCAGAUCCAGGUGAUUAAAAUUGAGACGGAGGAUAACAGGGAGACUCGCUCGGCUAAAGACGCCCUCUUACUGUGGUGCCAGAUGAAAACCGCAGGGUAUCCUGAGGUGAACAUUCACAACUUCACCACAUGCUGGAGGGAUGGACUGGCAUUCAACGCUCUCAUACACCGACACAGACCUGAUCUGAUCGAAUUCCACAAGCUGACGAGAUCCAACGCCACACACAACCUGCAGCAAGCCUUCAACACCGCAGAGCAGAGCCUCGGCCUCACCAAACUCCUCGACCCUGAGGAUGUGAACACAGAGAAUCCGGACGAGAAGUCGAUUAUAACCUACGUUGUUUCAUACUAUCACUACUUCUCCAAAAUGAAAGCUCUGAUAGUGGAGGGUAAAAGAAUCGGAAAGGUGCUGGAUAAUGCUAUAGAAGCAGAGAAGAUCAUUCAGCGAUAUGAAGCGCUGGCUUCAGAUCUGCUGGAGUGGAUUGAGAAAACCAUUGGCAUCAUUAGCAACCAGAAGUUCGCUAACUCGCUAACAGGAGUGCAACAACAACUACAGGCCUUCACAACUUACUGCACCAUCGAGAAGCCUAUAAAGUUUCAGGAGAAAGGGAAUCUGGAGGUUCUGCUCUUCACCAUCCAGAGUAAACUCCGGGCGAAUAAUCAGAAACUGUACGUUCCUCACGAUGGAAAACUCAUCUCCGACAUCAACAAGGCGUGGGAGCGGCUGGAGAAGGCGGAGCAUGAACGGGGCGUGGCGCUAAGAAAGGAACUGAUUCGCCAGGAGAAACUGGAGCUUCUGGCUCAGCGCUUUGAUCACAAAACAACGAUGAGACAGGCGUGGCUUAAUGAGAACCAGCGUCUCGUUUCACAGGACAAUUUUGGGUACGACCUGCCGGCGGUGGAAGCGGCGAUGAAGAAGCAUGAGGCGAUCGAGGCGGAUAUCUCCUCCUAUGAAGACAGGAUGGGGGUGGUGGUGGAGCUGGCCAUAGAGAUGGAGAGCGAGUGUUACUACGAUAGCAGACGCAUCACAGCACGUAAGGAGAACAUCCUGAAACAGUGGGACCUGCUCAAAGAGCUGGUAUCUGCUCGCAAGGGCCGUCUGGAGAAGAACCUGGCUCUGCAGAAAACCUUCCAGGAGAUGGUCUACAUGAUUGACUGGAUGGAGGAGAUGCAGAUGAAGCUGCUCUCUAAGGAUUAUGGGAAGCACUUGUUGGAGGUGGAAGAUCUGCUGCAGAAACAUGUUCUGCAGGAAGCUGACAUCACCGUACAGGCUGAACGAGUCCAAACACUCAACACUGCAGCUCUCAGAUUCACCACCGUUGAAGGCUACCAGCCGUGUGAUCCUCAGGUCAUCUGUAAUCGAGUGAAUCAUGUCAGUGCCUGUCUGGAGGAGCUGAAGCAGCUAGCGUCUAGUCGGCGCAUGCAGCUGGAGGACUCCCGCGAGCUUUGGGUUUUCUUUCAGGAAGUGGAGGAGUGCGAGUGCUGGAUGCGUGAGAAGAUCUCCAUCCUGACCACGCAGAGCUGUGGAAAAGAUCUGAGCAGCGUCCUGAAGCUUCUGCAGAAACACAAGAGCCUGGCGGGAGAGCUGAUAGCACGUCGAGCUCUGCUGCAGCAAACCAUGAAGGAGGGGAAGCGGAUAGUCGCUCAGAAACGCCUUUACAGCGCCGGAAUCAACGACAAACUGCUGGAGGUGAAGGAUGAGUGGAAACGGCUGGAGGACCAGGCCGCGAUGAGGCUCGGCCACCUCCAGGAGGCGCUGGAUUUCUUCCAGUUCAGCGCAGAAAUGGACGAUCAGCUAGCCUGGCUCCAGGACGCCUACAGGCUGGUGUCCAGCGAUGAUUUUGGACAUGAUGAGUUUUCCACGCAGUCGCUGUUGAAGAAGCAUUACCGUGUCCGAGAGGAGGUGGACAAACAUCGGAAGAAUGUGGUAGCGCUGCGUAAACACGCCACCACACUGCCCAUGCACUAUGGUGAGAUGGAGGAGGUGAAGGAGCGGAUACAGGAAGUGGAGCGGGUGUACGGGGAGGUGGCGGAGGUAGCGGUGAUGAGGGAGCAGUGGCUGAACGAUGCGCUGGCUGUGUAUCGAAUGUUCAGUGAAGUUAACGCCUGUGAACUGUGGAUCGACGAAAAGGAAAAAUGGCUGAACAACAUGGAGGUACCUGAGAGACUGGAGGACGUGGAGGUGGUCGCUCACAGGUUUGAGAGCUUGGACCAGGAGAUGAACAGUCUGAUGGGAAGGAUUUUGGAUGUGAAUCAGAUUGUACAGCAGUUGUUGGAUGGGGGCCAUCCCAGUUCUUCUGAGGUUCGAGGAUGUCAGGACCACCUUAACAGCAGGUGGAACCGUAUGGUGGAGCUGGUGGAGCAGAAGAAGGAUCAUCUGGACUCUAUUCUUCGUAUUCAAAACUAUUUGCUGGAAUCUAGCGAGAUCAAAUCUCAGAUUCAGGAAAAACGUAAAGCCAUCGAUGCCACUCAGUACUCGGGCAGCGACCUGGGCAGUGUUUUAGCUCUACAGCGACGUUUAUCCACCAUGGAGGGCGCUCUGGCCGUUCUAGAGCCCAAACUCAUCCACUUACAACAGGAAGCAGAAGAACUGGCAACCUCCCAGCCCCAUAAAGCCGAGGAGAUCCUGAUUCCGUUCGAUGGCGUGAGUGUGGAGUGGGACGAAUUAAAACGAACCCUGCAGGGAUGUGAGGACUCUCUGACCGUGGCCGGACGGCUGCAGCAGUUCAUCCAGGACCUGGACUCGUUCCUCACCUGGAUGGUGCAAAAGCAGACCGAGGCAGCGUCCAGCGAGCUUCCCGAGUCUCUAGAAGAGGCGGAGAAGCUGAUCAAUCUUCAUGCGGCACUGAACGAGGAGAUCCAGAGUUACGAGGAGGAUUAUGAGCGGCUGCAGUCGGUCAGGGAGCUGCUGGACGGGGAGGAGACACAGUUAGCCAACGCGGCGCUGCACCAGUGGCUCCAGAAACUGAGCGCCGGCUGGAACAAACUGCUGCAGAUGUGGGAGAGUCGAAGAGACGAGCUGGUGCAGGCACACAUCUACCACCUGUUUAUGAAGGACGUCAAACAGGCCGAGUCCUUCCUCAACAACCAGGAAUCCUCAUUAGCACACGUGGAACUCCCGACCACGGUGGAGACAGUGGAAGCUGCCAUCAAAAAACAUAAAGAAUUCAGCACGGCCAUGGAGCUCAACCUGCACCGCAUCGAAGCCGUCAUCGAAGCAGGAGAGAGUCUGAUCAGCCAGAGCAACAUCUACUCUGAACGGAUCAGAGAGCGAGUGGAUCUUCUCAUCACCAGGGGGAAUCAGAACCGAGACCUGGCUCAGGAUUGGCUCAGGAAACUCAACCACCAGUGGGCGCUGCAGAGAUUCCUGCAGGACUGUCAUGAGUUAGGUGACUGGGUAAUGGAGAAGAUGCUAACAGCUCGUGAUUCGGUGUGUAAUGAUCUUCAGCAGCUGCACAAGAAAUGGCUGAAACAUCAGGCCUUCAUGGCUGAACUUUCACAGAAUAAAGAAUGGCUGGACAGGAUUCAGAAGGAUGGAGAAAGGUUGAUGGAGGAGAAGCCGGAGCUGAGUGAGAUGGUGCAGCAGAAGCUGAAUGAAAUUCGGGAGUGUUGGUUAGAACUGGAGAACUCUGCACAGAUUAAAGCUCUGCAGUUGUUCGAGAAUGACCGGGCACAGCAGAUCUCUCAGAACUACACUCGGCUGAACGAACGCGUGCAGGAACUGGAAGUACAGCUGUGUCACCUCGACCGCGGCAACGACCUCACCACCGUCAACAAGCAGCUCAAAAAACUACAGAUGAUGGAAAGACAGAUGGAGGAAUGGUGUAAGGACGUGUGUCAUCUACAGCAACAGUCCGUCUCUCUACCAGACGAGUGUUUGAUGUUAGACGCCGUUUCGGAGCAGCAGACCGAAGUCGAGUCGAGGAUCGUUCGUCUCAUCGAGCCGCUCAAGGAGAGGCGGAGGAUCCUGCUCGCCUCCAAGGAGGUUCACCAAGUACGACGAGACCUGCAGGACGAAAUCCUGUGGGUGCAGGAACGCAUCCCGCUGGCCAUGUCACAGGAAACAGGAAGCACAUUACAAGCUGUGCAACAACUCAUGAAGAAAAAUCAGAGCCUGCAGAGGGAGCUGGAGGGCCACUGCGGGCGUGUAGAAGAGGUGAUGGAGCGAGCCACCGUGUUUGCGGCCGUACGUACGUCGGAGGCGGAGUGCAUAAGCGGGUUAAUCGAGGGUCUGCACAAUCUGUGGGGGGAGCUGUGGGCCGAGACGGAGCGCAGGCAGGUGCAGCUGGACUCCAUGUACCACGCCCAACAGUACUACAGUGACAUCACAGAGGUGGAGGCGUGGCUUAGCGAGCAGGAACUGCACAUGAUGAACGAGGAGAAAGGAAAGGAUGAAGCGAGCACUCUGCAGCUGCUGAAGAAACAUCUGGCGCUGGAGCAGACCAUCGAUGAUUACGCUGAAACCAUCGGCCUCCUGUCACAGCAGUGCAGACAGCUGCUGGAAAUCUGCCAUCCUGACAGUGAGCAGAUCAGUAAACGUCAGUCUCAGAUCGACCGGCUCUACGUCUCUCUGAAGGACCUGGUGGACGAGAGGAAGUGCCGGCUGGAGCAGCAGUACUGGCUCUUCCAGCUGAACCGAGAGGUGGAUGAACUGGAGCAGUGGAUCGCCGAGAGAGAGAUCAGCGCUAGUUCCACCGAACUCGGCCAGGACUACGAGCACGUCACGAUCCUGCAGGAGAACUUCAGCGCGUUCUCUUCAGAAACUGGAGGUGUGGGUCAGGAGCGAGUGUUAGCCAUUAAUCAGAUGGUGGACGAGCUGAUCGAUUACGGUCACGCAGACGCCGCCGUCAUCGCCGAGUGGAAGGACGGAGUGAACGAGUCGUGGGCGGAGCUGAUGGAGCUGAUGGAGACGAGAGCGCAGAUGCUCGCGGCUUCACAUCAACUCCACAAAUUCUUCUCCGACUGCAGAGAGGUGAUGACACAGGUAGAAGAUAAAUACAGAAGAUUACCAGAAGUGAGAGAUCAGAAGGACGGAACCACCAACACCAGCUCACUGCAGAGACUCAUGAGCACAUUCGAACAUGACAUUCAGCUCCUGGUUAACCAGGUCAGACAAUUACAGGAGAGCGCCGCUCAACUCCGAACCAUCUACGCUGGGGAGAGGGCGGAUGCCAUCGCCAUGCAGGAACAUGAAGUGAUGCAGGCCUGGAAGGAGCUGCUCAUUUGCUGCGAGGAGUGCCGGCUGCAGAUCACCACGGCGACCGACAAACUGCGUUUUUUCGGGCUGGUGCGAGAUCAGCUGAUGUGGAUGGACAGCAUCAUCUGUCAGAUCGGAAUGGGAGAGAAACCCAGGGAUGUUUCCUCGGUGGAGGUGCUGAUGAACUACCACCAGAGCUUGAAGAACGAGGUGGAGGCUCGGAACACGAGCAUGGUGCAGUGUAUCGAGAUGGGAAGAACACUCCUCGCUUCAAGGAACCCAGCGUCAGAGGAGAUUCAGGAGAAACUGGAGAGAGUUCUGUCUAAGCAGAAGGAGCUGAUGGAGAAAUGGGAUAAACACUGGGAGGAACUGCAGCACAUGCUGGAGGUGCACCAGUUUGCUCAGGAGGCGGUGGUGGCCGAGUCCUGGCUCUCGGCUCAGGAAACGUUCUUGGAGAGUAAGGAGCUGGGGAGCAGCGUGGACGAGGUGGAGCAGCUGAUCCGUCGACAUGAAGCCUUCAGGAAAGCAGCAGCAGCGUGGGAGGAGAGAAUCAGCUCCCUGAGACGCCUCACUACGGUGGAGAAGUUAAAGGCGGAGCAGAGUAAGCUCCCUCCGACGCCUCUGCUCGGCCGCAAGGUUUUUCUGGACCCUCAGGAGUCGUCUCCGGCCCGAAGCAGCCCGUCAUCACUGCACAAACAGACUAUUUAUGAACAUGGUGACCUCUGGGCCGAGAGAAACCACCCUCACCCGUCCCCGCCCUCGCCUUCUCUGAGACUCAGCUCACCCGUCGCACCAUACUCUCCGGUGAUGGACAGAUCGGCCACGCUUCGAGUUCCCGAGGUGAGGCACGUCAGAGUUUUGGGAGUCGCUGCUGGUCUUGGAAUGGCCUCUGAGCCUAAAACCACUCUGACAAAACCAGCGCAGGAUAUAGUGCGCCCCCUGGUGGACGUGAACGUCAUGGCGGAGGUGGUGCUACAGGAACCGGGGCGAGCCAGGAACGUGACAGAGCAGCAGGUUCAGCAGCACCAUCCUCCUCAGAAGGACUCGAGGAUCGAGCGGCAGCUUUCUAACGAGCAGCUGAUCCAGGCCAGGAGAGACGAACUACCACAGGAAGUGUGGAGGGAACGAGCCGAGCGAGAGAAGAGACUGGAGAGACAGACCUCCAGCGAACAGGAAAUCUACGACCCCCGGAGACGAGAUCGUCAACGACUAGAGAGACAGGAGAGCAGCGAGCACGAUACAGGACGGGAUCAGUCAGACAGGCGGUCCGGAGGAGGGGAGAAACGAUCUACAUUAGCUGAUAUAGUGGAGCAGCUUCAGGAAAGAGAAGCAGCUCAGGCUCGAGGUGAGAUCCCACGUGUUCCUAACGGAGUCCAGGACAAGUCGUCUCGUCCGGACCGCCCCCGAGCACGGGACCGCCCCAAACCACGGAGGCGACCUCGACCCAGAGACGGAGCUCAGGGGGAAACGCGGCGCUCACUAUCCGCCCCGGCACAGAGCGGCCCCUCCGCACCCCAGCCGCCCUCCCAUCAGGCUCAGCGCGAGGGCUUCCUGUUCCGCAAACUGGACAUCGAGAGCCAGAAGAAGAGCUCCAACAGUAGAUCCUGGGUGAACCUGUACUGCGUGCUGAAUAAAGGAGAGCUGGGAUUCUACAAGGACUCGAAGAACACGGCGUCCACGUACAACAACGAACCUCGACUGGUUCUGAGCAGCUGUUCCUGCGAUAUUAACCUCGGAUACAAGAAGAAGAAAAACGUCUUCACGCUCAAAACUAAAGAUGGAAGUGAGUACCUGUUCCACGCUAAAGAUGAGGACGAUCUGAAGGGCUGGAUCUCCAGCAUCAGCACGAGCAUCACCGAACACGACGACAUCUCUAAAUAUGGUCAGUCUCACCCCACUACCUCAUCUACAGACGAGGGGACGCGCAGAGAGGGGAGCAGGGCCGAGAAAUCGGACAGAGCCUCGGUACGCUCGGACAAGGGAGAGAAAAUGGAGAAGAAGAGCAGCAAGAAGAAAUGAAGCUCUGCUUUCUUACAUUCGAGGUUCACAUCAGGUAACAGUGAAGUGUCUGGGAACUGGAGGAUGCCGGAGAAUCGCUGCACUCGAGUGGAUUCUCCCUGAGGGGAUCGCAGCGCCCCCCUGGUGGGGACCUAAGAUUUCACUUUCAGUACGGAUAAGUGAGGAUCAGUUUGGUUUGAGGAACACAAACCAAAAAUCAGUCUGAGAGAUGCUACGAUGAGUUCUUUUUAAACGUUUUAAAUUCUGUAAAUCAUCCAGGUUCAUCCGGAA